UCAUAUUGGAUUACACACAACAUGGUUUCAACUAGUAACCAGCUUUUAACUUUCAACAGAUUGUUACAUUACUUUUCCAAUAUCAUACUUUAGAACAUCGAUCAGGAUUGUUGGAACAUAGGCCUACAUUCUCAAUAGAUCAACAUGAGGAUGAUACCAACUUUAACGUUCGCAGUAUUACUAGUGCUUUCCAUUUCCGAUUUGAUACGUUGUGCGGAGGGUGCAGCAGCUGAAGGUAAUGCUCAAGGUGUUAUCUCAGCAGCCCCUGCCGUUACUAAUGGAAUCGCUGACUCAGCCAAAAAUACAGCAGUUACAGGCGGAAGCAUAUGGACGCGCUUCUUCCAGGCCAUAGCGAACUUUUAUAGAAAAUUGCUAGACUGGAAAAAUAUCAAAUGUUUCAGUGGAAAUAAGUAUAAUAUUAAUCCUAAAUCAAAUGUUGUGUCUGGGACACCCAAUGCAGGAUCUAUCAAUGUGGUAGGCAUAGAGGGGGAUGCGAAAUUCUCGUGAACUGACUUCUAAUUCCGUGAAUACCUAAAAUUAUUGGUGUAUGAUACAAUAUUAAAUAAUGAAUAGAUAAGAUUUUUUUAUAAAAGUUGUAAAUCCAGUGCUUGGCGAUCUAUGGAAUGCAAUGAUCUCAGUACCUACAUUACUUUCCAAUUCAAUAAACUAGUACCUAUCCAUUUUCUGUCUUUUCUCAGAGAAGACUCAUGUGUAUAUUCGACUAGAAUAUUGUUUCAUUCAUCCUCUAUGAAAUUGCAUCAUACUUCUACAUAAGUUUCAUUCAUCCUCUAUGAAAUUGCAUCAUACUUCUACAUAAAUUUCAAAUUGGUCCAAAUGUUUAUUUGUAUAUUCAAUGUAUCAUUCAUUAUGAUGAAUAUUGGAAAAAAUUGACAAAGACUUAUUCUUUUUUUAGUUAUCAAAAUUGAGUGACUCUCUCGUUCAUAUUAUUAUGUACAAUAACAAUAGUGUAGAACUUCAACCACAGCUGUUAAGCUAUUUAAGUUCUUUUCUUUUUUUCCAUCAUGAUACUGUUUUCCCUAAUAAUUGCAUUUUAGAAACAUUUGUAGAACAUGUCGUGAAUGAAUUUCAAUUUCAAAAUAUCAAAAAAAUAUGUAGUGUAGAAAUAUUCUGCAAUGGUCCAUACAAUAUAAAUUAUUUCUGUAAUAAUUUAUACUCACUUUGUAAUAAUAAGCUCUUGUACUAAAACACUGUAAAAAUACAUUGUAGUCACAAUAAAAAUGAUUAGUAGAAACAUGUUGAUAGAUGUCUUUCAGUUUAUGAAUAGACGUUUUCAAAUAUUUCAAAUUUGUUAAUGGAAUA